AUGGCGCUCUUCAGUAGCCCCUACGGUCGCAAGAACAUCCGAAAUGACCCAGUUGACUACGACGAUCAAUCGAGCUCCGAGGAAGACGGACUCUCCGAUGCCGAGGAACUAAAGAACCGCUCAGGCACACUUAGCAUAACCUCAGACUAUGUCCGCAGUUGGACCGAGCGAGACGCUUUCCGCGAGCUGCUUCAAAACAUGAAGGAUGCCAUCAUCUCAACCAACAACCUAAUCCCACAAGCUUUGCUGCUCAAGUUAGUGGAACAGGGCGAUGACAUCAGCAUCACAUUUCAUGCCGUCCAUGAUCGCAAGCUACUCGGCUUCAUCCGGUUCCGCGGCAAGACUGGUUCUCUGGAGCUCGUCAACUUCAAUGCCCAGCUACAAAGACGGUUCCUCAACUUUGGUCCUUCUUCAAAGCGGAAUCAAGAGUCAACAGCUGGAUGCCACGGCGAGGGCUUGAAGCUAGCUGCAGUGGUCUUCUUGCGCGAAGCCCGCAAGGUGCGCAUCACAGCCAGCGGCUAUUACUGGAACUUCAGCUUCAAGAAGGGCACUGUCAAGUACCGGCUCAGCCAGGUCAAAGACCACAAGAAGCUGACCGCGGCCGACCGGGAUCGUAACGAGCAUGCGUACAGUGCGGCUUACGACGUCUGCGUCGAGAUUGGGCGCGCACGUGGAUCUAAUCACAAAGUCACCAUCGACGAUGUGAGGGAAUGGCUCACUGUGUCCUUCGAUAUCCAGGCUCUGAACUUGACCAUCCCACCAGUCCACACAGCCCACGGCGAUCUCGUGCUGGAUGAUGGAUUGUCUGGGAAGCUAUACCUGAAAGGAAUGCAUGUGGCUGCCAAUGGCUCGCGGAACGGCGGUCCGGUAUUUUCCUACAACCUGCUCAACGGUGACAUUGACCGCGACAGAAAGUUGAUGCAUCCGGACGACGUUGCUGAGCGCAUCACACGCAUCUGGAAGCAAGCUAUGCGCGAUGAGCGCCUUGUCGACCGGUACAUCGGCCUUUUUUCGGAUCACGAGAAUGCCAUGGACAUUCGCAUGGCGGAGAAGAACGUCGACGCUUCUAUGGCCAAAGCUAUCAAGAAACGUUUACUCGCCAAAAAUCCCAAUGGCUUUCUGUAUCCACGUGAUGCUAGCAUGGCUGCCUCUGCGAAGAGCGACCACAACAUCAUUGUCUCGGAUCUCAAAUGCAAGGCUGUCGCGCUACCGCUUCCUCUGUGGAAAAUACUACAGAAGCAUGAGCUUGUCAAGUCACCACAGGAGUGGAAGACGCUCUUGUUCUCGACGUCGGCGAGGAUUGCCAUUCCAGAUACCAUGUUCGCCCAGACAGUCAUCAGAUCGAUCAAGGCAUGCCUGGCGCUUGAGCCUGAAUUUGCAACCCUGUCGAUAGAGGUAGUUCAGGGAGGAGGAGUUGGUACAGAUCUGCUAAUGGCACCCAAUGGCACUAUCCUCAUCCACGAGAAAUGGUUCGACUUCGCACGCGCUCACAAUCGUUCAGACUGCCAACUUUCCCAGUUGCUUACAGCAUCUGGUGAAGAUAUCAACGCCAACCUCAACAAGGCGCCCUUUACUUGCGACCAUAUUGUUGAGGACAUCAUCCACGAAAUCGUCAACGAAGCCGGCCGCAGAUUGGAUACCAUUGACGCCUCGAAAUGCAAGGAUUUCAUGCACAUGGUGCGAGACCGUGUCCGAGAAUGUCCCCGCGCCGUGGCGAUCGAACAGACAGAUCGAGCGAACGAGCUACGAGUGUCUUGGGAGACGAUGACUAGUAAUAUUCUCACGAAACACCAUGGUCUAGACAGUCGCUAUGUUGUCGUGCUUCACGAAGGCACGAAUUGCCAGGAGGACUUGGCCGAAUUCAUUGGUCGCAUGGUCGCCUUCGGAGGUCUGCGGCCUGGCUCGCAGUAUCUCACUUCGGUGGCCCGCUUGCGAGAGCUGCCCUUCUGGAUUCAGUCUACUCAUCCCGCCACCCCUUCGAUCUCAGACACAUAUCCUUCUCCACUCCCGCCGCAGCGCAAGACAUUCGCAGCCUCUGUCCACAACGAUGAUGGCGGAGACUCAGAUGACGAGAUCGAAGCUGAUGGCCACGCGGCUGUGUCUACUCCGGUUCACAGCAGUACUACUAGAUUGUCCCAACCGGACAGUCCGAGCUUAGCGAUGCGUACAAGUCCGUUUACUCCGAAGUCUGGUACCUGGUCUGCCCGAGUUGCAAAGCGAGCUUCUAAGGAUAGUGGCCGCAGCGAAGUGGAGCUGGAUGGCCCGUCGGCGAGCACGACUGAUACGAUUUAUUCACAUCAGUCUAGUCGCUCGGCUCCUUCGAAUGAUCUACAGUCGACAGACGCCGUCCCAGAAGCACCUGCGCAGGGUCCUGACAUUCAGCCUGGCACUGAUCCGUCCAGCCGCUCUAAUUCUGUUGCGAUAGCACCAGCCGCAGAAGCUACACAAUCGGCGUCAGUCGGCACUCAAACCGCUGAUAGCGUUCCCACCGAAACGCAACCAGCAGGUCCGGAGCAUCGCACUCAGUGCAUUGGCGAAUGCGGUCAACCAUACCUCCUGCAGCACGACAACGAACCCUACAUCCUAUAUCUCCACAAGGUCCCAGCUCCAGGAGCCGAGCCAUGUCAGUCAAUGGAAGACAUUCACAAGCAGGGCAUCCCGCGGGCUGUGCCUCCUAGCAUUGCCGAUUAUUUGUCGCUGAGUGUCUCCAAGCUGGUCAAAGAGAGCAUCCGCAAGGUAAAAAGUGAAGAUAGCGAGAUCAAGGUCGAGGAUGACGGUGACGAUGAUAUCGUUAUGGUGGACGAGGUCGAGUUCGUUUCGGCACGAAAGCGUCCACGUACUUCUUGA